AUGAGUAGCAUUCAUAUCACUCUUUCUUUUCUCUUCGUGUUCAUUUUUAAUCUUCAAGACCUGUUUGCGGCUCCUACUAGACACCUGUGUCGUCCUGAGCAAAGGGAUGCCCUUCUCGAGUUCAAGAACGAGUUUAAGAUUCGGAAGCCUUCUUUUCAUGACUGUUAUAUUAAUGGCAGCUAUGUAAGCCCUCAUCCGAAGACGGAGUCAUGGAGAAAUAACAGCGACUGUUGUUAUUGGGACGGUGUCAAGUGCCAUGCCAAGUCAGGGGAAGUGAUCGAGCUAGACCUCAGUUGCAGCUGCCUCCAUGGCAGGUUUCACUCGAAUACCAGUCUUUUUAGGCUUCAAAACUUUCGUUCUCUAACCACUCUUGACCUUUCACAAAAUCAUAUAUCUGGUCAGAUUCCAUCUUCAAUUGGAAACCUUUCUCAUCUCACCUCUCUUGACCUUUCUGCUAAUCAGUUUAUCGGUGAGAUUCCGUCUUCAAUUGGAAAGCUCUCUCAUCCCACCUCUCUCUCCCUUUCUGCUAAUCAGUUUUCGGGUCAGAUUCCGUCUUCAAUUGGAAACCUUUCUCAUCUCACCUCUCUCGACCUUUCUGUUAAUCAGUUAUCUGGUCAGAUUCCGUCUUCACUUGGAAAGCUCUCUCACUUAAACUCUCUCGAACUAUCUGUUAAUCAGUUUUCUGGUCAGAUUCCGUCAUCACUUGGAAAGCUCUCUCAUCUAAGCUCUCUCGACCUAUUUGAUAAUCAAUUUUCGGGUGUGAUUCCUCCUUCAAUUGGUAACCUUUCGCAUCUCACCCAUCUGGAUCUUACUUUUAACAGUUUGGUUGGUGAAAUUCCACCUUCUUUUGGGAGUUUGAACCAAUUGACCUUGUUAGUUGUUGGUUACAAUAAGCUCAGUGGUAACUUUCCCAUUCUAUUACUAAAUUUGACAAAGCUGUCGUUUCUAGAAAUCUCCUUCAAUAAAUUCACAGGAACGCUUCCUUCAAACAUGACUUCACUCUCCAACUUGGAGUUAUUUUUCGCAUCUGACAACAAUUUCGUUGGAAGACUUCCUUCUUCUCUCUUCUCCAUUCCUUCGUUGACCAAUAUUGAUUUGAGUCAUAACCAUCUCAACGGCACUCUUGAGUUUGGGAAUAUAUCUUCACCAUCUCAGCUACAAGAUUUAGGCCUUGGAAAGAACAACUUCAGAGGGCCAAUCCCGAGAUCUAUUUCCAAAUUAGUCAAUCUUGAGACUCUUGACCUUUCCCAUUGGAACACCCAAGGCCCAGUUGACUUCACUAUCUUCUCAAAUCUCAAGUCGCUCAAUGAAUUGAGACUAUCCCAUUUGAACAGCACAACUACGGUUGACUUGGAUGCAAUCUUAUCAUGUUUCAAGUCACUUGUUUCAUUGGAUCUCUCAGGCAACCAUGUUUUAACAACCAGCAAAAGUUCAGUCUCAGAUCCUCCUUCGCAAUCGGUAGACAAAUUAUACUUGUCAGGCUGCGGUAUUACCGAAUUUCCAGAGCUUCUAAGAACCCUUGAGCAUCUGCAGCAGCUAGACAUUUCCAACAACAAGAUCACAGGUCAAGUGCCUGGCUCGUUAUGGACGCUACCAAAGCUGGGCUACGUGGAUCUUUCCAACAAUACUUUCAUCGGUUUUGAAAGAUCAACAAAACACCGACUAUCCUCUGUCUUGAAGUACUUGUUUGGCUCCAACAACAAUUUUACAGGAAAGAUUCCUUCUUUCAUAUGCGAGUUUCGCUCUCUAAGCAUUCUCGAUUUGUCGAACAACGACUUCAGUGGUUCUUUCCCUCAGUGUAUGGGAAAUCUCAAGAGUAAUCUUUCAGUUCUAAAUCUUUGUCAAAAUCGUCUUACUGGAGGUCUUCCGGAGAGUGUAUUUGAAAAUCUAAGAUCACUUGAUGUCGGUCAUAACCAGUUGGCAGGAAAGCUUCCAAGAUCUUUAAUCCAUUUCUCCAAUCUUGAAGUUUUUAAUGUGGAAAGCAACAGAAUCAACGACACCUUUCCCUUGUGGUUGAGUUCUCUACGAAAACUGCAAGUUCUAGUCUUACGCUCCAACGCAUUCCAUGGACCCAUACGUCAAGCCUCGUUCGGUACGCUGAAAAUCAUCGACAUCUCACACAAUCACUUCAUCGGAGCUUUGCCAGCAGAUUACUUUCUGAACUGGAGUGCCAUGUCAUCACUUGAAGUUGGGACAAACGAAGAUCAGUCUACUGGAACUUACAUGGGAGAUGAAUCAGGCGAUUACCACGAUUCAAUGGUUUUGAUGAAUAAAGGUGUAGAGUUGGAGUAUGAACGUAUCCGUAAAAUCGACACAGCAAUCGACUUUUCCGGAAACAGACUUGAAGGGAAGAUUCCAAGGUCCAUCGGUCUAUUGAGAGAGCUUCAUGUGCUCAACUUGUCAAACAAUGCUUUCACUGGCCACAUCCCAUCAUCUAUGGGGAAGUUGACAGCUCUCGAGUCACUAGACGUUUCCAGAAACAAGCUCUCCGGAGAAAUUCCACAAGAGCUAGGGAACCUCUCGUUCCUUGAGUACAUGAACUUCUCCCAUAACCAGCUUAGAGGUCUCGUACCGGGAGGCACUCAGUUUCGAACUCAAAAGUGCUCUUCUUUCGGAGACAACUCAGGACUUUUUGGACCUUCUCUUGACGAAGUUUGCAAAGAUGUCCACAUUCCAGCAUUGCAACAGAAUGAGUCGCCAGAGGCAGAGGAAGAAGAAGAAGAGGUGUUUAGUUGGAUUGCAGCUGCUAUUGGAUUUGGACCUGGUAUUGUCCUUGGAUUGACGAUUGGAUACAUAUUGGUUAUUUACAAACCAGAGUGGUUCACAAAUCCUUUUCGCCGCAACAAACACAGAAGCAGAAGCACCACUACUCAUUAG